AUGUCAGAUUUUGAUAAGUAUACUACCCCCUUAUCUUCUCGUUAUGCUUCUGAAGAAAUGUCUGCUGUUUUCUCAUUGAGAAACAGAUUCUCAACUUGGAGAAAGUUAUGGUUGAAUUUGGCUAUUGCAGAACAAGAGUUGGGUUUGACUGUCAUAUCUGAUGAAGCAAUUGAACAAAUGCGUAAUAAUUUAACUAUUACAGAUGAAGAAAUUGCAAAGGCUUCUGUUCAAGAAGCAAUUGUCAGACACGAUGUCAUGGCCCAUGUUCAUACUUUUGGUGAAACUUGUCCUGCAGCUGCUGGUGUCAUUCACUUGGGUGCUACUUCUUGUUAUGUUACCGACAAUGCCGAUUUGAUCUUUUUAAGAGAUGCUUAUGAUAUUAUCAUUCCAAAAUUAGUCAAUGUUAUCGACAGGUUAGCCAAGUUUGCUUCCGAAUAUAAAGACCUACCAGUUCUAGGUUGGACUCAUUUCCAACCUGCUCAAUUAACCACUAUGGGUAAGCGUGCUACCUUAUGGAUUCAAGAAUUACUAUGGGAUUUAAGAAAUUUUGUUAGAGCAAGAAAUGAUAUUGGUCUAAGAGGUGUCAAAGGUACCACAGGUACUCAAGCUUCCUUUUUAGCCUUAUUCCAUGGUGACGAUGACAAAGUCGAAGCUUUAGACAAGAGAGUUGUCGAAUUACUGGGUUUUGAUACUGUUUAUCCAGUUACUGGUCAAACUUAUUCAAGAAAAAUUGAUAUUGAUGUUUUGGCCCCAUUAUCUUCAUUUGCUGCUACAGCACAUAAGAUGGCCACUGAUAUAAGAUUAUUAGCCAACUUAAAAGAAGUUGAAGAGCCUUUUGAAAAGUCUCAAAUUGGUUCUUCUGCUAUGGCCUACAAGAGAAAUCCAAUGCGUUGUGAACGUGUUUGUUCAUUAGCAAGACAUCUAGGUUCUUUAUUCAGUGAUGCUGUACAAACUGCAUCUGUUCAAUGGUUUGAAAGAACCCUAGAUGAUUCUGCCAUCAGAAGAAUUUCUUUACCUGGUGCUUUCUUAACUGCCGAUAUAUUGUUAUCAACCCUAUUAAACAUUUCGUCUGGUUUGGUUGUUUACCCUAAGGUUAUUGAAAGAAGAAUUAAGAGUGAGCUACCAUUCAUGGCAACUGAAAAUAUCAUUAUGGCCAUGGUAGAAACUGGUGCUUCUAGACAAGAAGUUCACGAAGCAAUUAGAGUUUUAUCUCAUCAAGCUGCUGAAGUUGUUAAAGUACACGGUGGUGAUAACGAUUUAAUAGAGCGUAUCAAAGGCGACAGCUUCUUCGAACCUAUUUGGGGUAAAUUAGAUGCAUUAUUAGAACCUUCUACUUUUGUUGGUAGAGCUCCAAGACAAGUUGAAAAUUUCAUCAACAAAGAUGUCAAGAAUGCUUUGGAACCAUUCCAAAAAUAUAUUAAUGAUCAAGAAGUUAAAUUAAACGUUUAA